AUGUCCUCGUGUGGACAGAGGGCAAGCACGUUCGCACUUGCACGGAGUGAAAAGGCAACAACAGCAACCGCUGUUCGCACAACCGACGUGUCGUGUGCACAGGCCAAGUCGACGCUUCACGAAGACGCCCUACUUUUUGCCGGAGGUGAUGCACCAGGCCGUUUUUGCAGCGUGCACCAACGGAGACGGGUCAGUCGCAGCACGAAUUCAACCAACAAUGUGUUAAAAACAACACCUGGAGUCAGAUCUGCUGUGUUGUUGAAAGCCUGCCUGCAUAACGAACGCAGCACGCUCCGCGAAAAAAAGGCAAUUCACGUCGGUUUGCGUAAAUCACCACACGAGCGUCGACUACUCCGCAUACAUCACCAAUCCGAGAAUUCCUUCAUGCUUAAAGGCAUUCACGAGUUAAGGAAAGUGGAGUUUCCAAGAGUGCUCUUUGGGUUAAAAGCAUAUUCCGUUGACAAGUGGAAGAUGCUGUCAAGCAUCCAUGAAGGAGACGCACAGACGUUUGCCCAGAUUGUGCCCUGUUUGUCUACACGAAUGCUUCAACGUGACGCCUUAGCAACGAAGCUAAGGUACGCAAAUCCGGUUAACGGACAAGGUUCAAAGGCACUCACCGCAGUUCACCAGCGGCAGGCGAGGCCGUGCGAAAAAAAAGCCACUGAAGUCAGUAGACCUCAGUUGCGGGGUUGA